CAGUUCUCUCUACCUCCCGUAUGUUUACGAAUUUUUUAUUUAACAAAAUUUUCAUCUAUUUUCAAAGAAAAAAUUUAACUUUUUUAUUUACGCAUUAACAAAAAUAACUCAUUAAAACUAAUAGUAUUUUAGUUUUUUUUCUUACCAAACAAAAAAAAUAAUGCAUUAAAAAUGAAUCGUUUUGAAUAUACAGCAGCCCGUCUGUUUGAAGGUGAAUCAAUUGUAAGCCAAGACCGUAAUGUCAAGCUUUACGAUGGUGAUGAUAAGACCCAAUUUGAAGAAGGUGAAGUUGUUCUCACAACACAUCGCCUCUUCUGGGGUCGUCCAGGUGAGAUAGCCAAAGCAGCAACUGUUCUCUGUCUCCAGUUAAAAUAUGUCCUCUCACUCGGCGAAGAAACAGCCAGUUCGUUUAUCUUUGGUCGUAAGAUUCGUAUAAUAGUUCACUUACGACCUCCAGCCAAUGACAAAGCUCCAGGUCCAAUGGACUUUAGCACAGCUGGAUUUAUUAAACUUUCUGGCAAAAAUGGUCUCAAUCGGGAAUUCUCGAUGGCAUUGUGGGAAACCACCGAAGCUAGAGUGUGGGAGGUUCGUUGUAAUGUACCACCACCACCGCCGGGUUCUGAUACACCUUCUCCACGUAAUGAAAGCAUUCCGAAGAUUAAACUUCGCACUGGAAUUGGUGGAAUUGAAAAAUCCAUUGAACAGAAGCACAAACAGACGAAUGAGAAUAUUGCGUUGGCUUUUCAGGAUUUGAAAGUUCUGAUGGCCAUGGCUAAAGAUAUGGUUGGCAUUUCCAAAGAAAUUAGUAGCAGGAUUCGGGAAAGGAAAGGUGAAAUCUCCGAAGACGAAACAGUUCAAUUUAAAUCCUACCUCAUGAGUUUGGGAAUAGACGAUCCAGUGACUCGAGAUGCAUUCAGUAGCAAUUCGGCGUAUUUCAAGAGUCUUGCAAGGCAGAUAUGUGAACUUUUGUUGGAUCCUAUUGAGGAAUCUGGUGGAAUGAUGUCACUGGCUGAUGUCUAUUGCCGAGUUAAUCGAGCCCGUGGUUUGGAACUCCUCUCGCCCGAAGAUCUUCUAAAUGCCUGCCAUUACCUUGACGGACCAAUUAAACUACGACAAUUCCCCAGUGGAGCUCAAGUUCUUCAAAUGGAGUCACAAGAUGACGCAAUUGUUGCCAGAGACACAGCCGAGAAGGUUGAAGCUGCCACCUCGUUAGCUAUUGAAGAAUUAUCCAAGGACAUGAAGAUUUCAUUGCUAUUGGCUAAAGAAAAACUACUGGUGGCUGAACGAAUGGGAUUGAUUUGUCGUGAUGAAUCGAUAGAGGGUCUUAGAUUUUAUCCGAAUUUAUUGCUACGUAACCAAGACGACUAG